AUUCUUCGGCCAAGAGGCCUCUCUGAUUCCAAACUCAAUUCGCUUCAAGUUCAACUGCAAGAACGAAGCACCGAAAUGCUCGGUGAUCCGGUGGUGUACGAUCUCAUCGACUUCUGUUGCGAGUUCCUCUCCGAGAACAAUGUUCCUUCAUCCGUGUGUUCCAUUUGCCUCUACGAUAUCACCGACUUGGAUUCGUUCGUGAAGACGCACUGCUUCCAUUAUUUUCACUCGCUUUGCUUGGGCAAGUACACGAGCAACUGUAUUAAGGCCCAUGACGAGUUCCUACGAGAAAAUCCUCCCAUUCCUGGUAUGAAUCAAGAGGCCGAGCGCCAACUGAAACUAGUCUGUCCCGUUUGUCGUGAAGAGCUUCAAGAUGUCAAGCUCGAGCUUUGGUUGAAGUCACCUCCACCUCAUUUGGAGUGUGAAGAGGAUGAGAAAUUUGUCAGAACACCAGACAUACGGAAGUUGCAGGCAGAUAUGCAAAAGCUCUUCCUCAGACAAGUUGAGCAAGGCAGUAUUAUAAAUGCAAAUUCCAGUGAAAAAGACAUUUUUGUCCUUGGCAACGUAGCUCCAGCCACAAGUUUUAACGAAUCAGUCGAGUCUUUGGAUUCAGAGAGAAGAUUGGAAAAUGCCGUACAUCAAAGAGGUUCUUUGGCAGAUUCGACGUCGACGAAACCUUAUGGUAAUCAGGCCAACCGAGGGAAAGCUAAUUUGCCACGUCCUAGAGAGGAAAGAAAUUUGCAUUGGAAACCAAGAGCUCGAGGCCAACGCAAUCGAUUCCAAGGUGCAGGAUCCAGCAAAUCAAAAGAGUUGGAUAAUCCACCCAAAGAGCCAAACUUGGAAGGUGGCGAACCCGAGGUGGAAGAGUCAAAGGGCAGAAGAGGCCACCAUCGAGGCCAUCAUCGAGGUCGAGGCCGGGGGCGACGAGGUUAUCAGGGCAAGACCGUUUUGUGACAUGAGGCUUUAGCCUUGAACUGGUCAUACUUAAUGAAGCACGUAUCAUUUUGUAUCAAGUUUGGUUGUAGUAGGUGACCACGGAAUCGUCUCUUAUUGCUCGUUUUAUGGCCCUGGCUAAUAAUCAAAUUAUUCGCUGGCUCACGAUCAUCAUUGUUUCGGUAUGUUUCAAUACUAGGUCGAAUUUAUACAUUCAGUUCUGAUGUUUUAUUGAUGUCUAAUCGAUUAAUAAAGACUUCUACAGUUAUGCCCAGAA